UACAAAUGUACGUACACAAGGUCCCAGCGCCGCGUGCACGUAAUGAGUUUUGACUAGCUUCAGUCGCACAGAUCCAUUCAUCAUCGGCACGCGCGUCGAUUGCCCAUCGAACACUGCUGCAGACGGCUUAUCAGCGAGGUGAUAUUACAGGUGAGAGAUUACCGACGCCGCGUGACCGAUGAGUAGUUCUGCGGCGGACGAGCGAAUCCAGCGGAAAAUGAAGAUGAACAAGCUGCCGAAAAAACCCGAGUCCGGAACGUCUAGACCGGCGCCGCCGCCGCCGGUGGCCGAGAACGUGUUGGCCAAACGUCCGGACGUGUUGCACCUGGCCGGGUACAAGGACGGUAACGGCGACGGGGUGGCCAACAACGCCGGGGUGGCCGAUGCGGCCGGCGACGAUCGGGUGGACCCGAACGAAAAGCUGCUCCUGUCGCCCGCGUCCGACGUUUCGUCCGCGGUCAUCAUCGACUUGCACACCCGCGCCGACGGACAGCCCGUCACCACCCCGUCCAUCGUACGCCAGUCGUGCUUCAAAAAAUCGAACUUGAUGUCGUCGUCGAUGUACCGGAAGACCCGGCGGCGGGCGCUGUUCAAGAACGGCGAGUGCAACAUUGUGCUGGCCAACGUGUCCAAGCUGCGGCGCCGGUACAUGCAGGACCUGUUCACCACGCUGGUGGACGCGCAAUGGCGGUGGACGCUGCUGGUGUUCUGCGCGAGCUUCGUGCUCAGCUGGCUGAUCUUCGGCGUCGUCUGGUACCUGAUCGCCUACACGCACGCCGACCUCGCCGAGGAGAACAUAAAGAACACGUCGUGGUCCCCGUGCGUGAUCAACAUGCAAACGUUCAUGGCCAGCUUCCUGUUCAGCGUGGAGACCCAGCACACCACCGGCUUCGGUUACCGCAUGAUCACCGAGGAGUGCCCCGAAGCCGUGGUGCUGUUCUGCUUGCAGAGCAUCGCCGGCCUCAUGAUCCAAGCGUUCAUGGUGGGCAUCGUGUUCGCAAAGAUGGCCCGACCGAAGCAACGUAGUCAAACACUGCUGUUCAGCAGAAACGCCGUGAUAUGUCAACGAGACGGGCAGUUGUGCUUCAUGUUCCGCGUGGGCGACGUGAGGGAAAAAUCACGACUGAUCGGGACCACGAUCAGGACGCGGUUCAUUCGAUCGCGCGUGACGCCGGAAGGAGAGACGUUAUCGCCGAACGUUACGCACUUGAAAGUGUCCGUCGACGACUUCGACGAGGAAAUGUUCCUGAUGUGGCCCACGGUGGUGGUGCACAAGAUCGACAAGCAGAGCCCGAUGUACGGGAUGAGCGCCGCGGCGUUGCUGAACGAACGGUUUGAGGUGACGGUGGUGCUGGAAGGCACCACCGAGUCGACGGGGCAGACCACGCAGGCGCGCACCUCGUACCUGGCCUCGGAGGUGCUGUGGGGCCACCGGUUCCGGCCGCUGGUCAAGUACUGCAAAACGAAGCUGUCGUACGAGGUCGAUUACUCGCAGUUCCACGACAUGUGCAAGGUGGACACGCCGCUGUGCAGCGCCAAGGACCUGGAAGCGUACCUGACCGUCAACGAGUCGAACCGAUGAUGCGCGGGCGUGCGCCGCUGCCCGUGAAUUGCGUCCCAAAAAUCCUUUUUUCCGCGUGAACUGCGCCCCGACCGUAUUUAACGACUACGCGAAUCGCGUCCCUACGUAAGAACAUUAUUUCCCUUCACAAUUACGUACAGACUUAGGACUGCCGUUUGCAAAUGAUAACUGUCGGCGGGUAGAAAAUAUCGAUUUCUGUCGUUGUUACGCGCAAUUAGAAAUAAGUCAAAUGUAAAUAUGUAUGUUCAAACUACAGGAAUGUAAUAUAAUAAAAUCAAAAUAAACAAAAUAAAACUAUUA